AUGUACAAACAAAAGACCGCGAACAAUAAUAAUAGCUUGCCACCAAUACACGCCGCCAUUCAAAAUCACAAUCCUGUCACAUAUGCGGCUGAACAGGAACUUCACCUUCCCUCACUUUUAGACAAUAAUUCUGCCCCGUCACCUAACUCUCUACCACCGAUUCAAAUACCAAAUUCUACAAAUGAUUCUCGGAUGUCAAUAAAUCGGUUAGUGAAUGAUGCAGCAGAACCAGCAGAUGAUGUACUGGGUGCCGCUCAAGUAUUGGAGACUUUGAGACGGGGUCCAGUAGAUGCUCCAGCGCCGGUUGAACCUUCACCUGUACCAAAUUCAUCGAAUACGAACGUUGGAUUAAGGCAUCGAUUACCAGCAAUUCCGCUCGUCAAUCGAGCACUUGGUUUAUAUGAACAGGGUAAAGAAAAAAGUUCAAUUUUCAAGACUAGCGCAGAUGCACUUGAAUCAUCAUUCAAAGCGAUAUCAACAAAAAUUCCACAGAUUGAGCAAUUGGAUGAGUACGCUUGUCGUGGACUUGAUAAAUUGGAAGAGAGAUUUCCUGGUGUCAUUGAACCAACAAAUAACCCCCGACAAACUGAUGUAUUUAAUGGUAUAGGAGAUGAUAACAUGCAAAUGUCAAUUCCAACUCCUCAAACUCAUCAUCAGCACCUCGAUAUAUCAAUGAAGCGUCAAUCGCGUGGUAAUAGUGAACUAUCGAGUAGAAGUUCAUCUCCAUCUUAUCGUAAUAGCGGAGCAAGGCCUCAUCGUACAUCACAAUCUAAUGUGCUUGUUGAUACUGGUACAGUAGUUGGUGGAGUUGGAGCAGCUGUAUCCGAAGAAAGUAUGAAAUCGUUGAAAUACUGCCUCCAAUGGUUACAUUAUGCGAAUCAGCAUAUUGAACAUCAGAUCGCAGUACUACGAGAAUUUAUUGUUAAUCUAACAAAACAAGCAUCAUCAUCAUCGUCAGGAGCUUUGAUAAAUACUUCAGCAACGUCAACUCUAUCAUCAAUAAAACGUGAAGUAGUUGAAACUCUACGUAAAGUGAUUGAAGUAGUUAGUAAAUAUGCCGGUGCAUGUUUACCGGAUCAAGCGAGAACCAAAGUAAGAACAUUUAUACUAAAUUUACCAAGUAAAUGGGCAAACGUUAAUCGUACCGGUGAUCAUUCCGCUACGCCAUCUCCAAUGUCAUCGCCAGUGUUAGCACCUACCACAACAAAUACACAUCCGGCCACUAAUGCAAUUCGAUUAUUAAGCCUUGCGACUGAAUCACUCGAGAUGUUGAAAGCGGUUGCCAAAAUUUUCUUGGAUACAAUUGCAAGUGCUGAAUUUUGGGUGGCAAGAUUAAGAGCCGUAGGAGUAACAAGUGGAGGAGCCGCCGCAGUUGGUGAAUUACAAUUCGAUAACAUUCCACAGUUACCCACCGGAUGUUCAUCUCAACAACAAAAUGGAUAUUAUAAAUCAAACAUUACCACUCCUGUGACCACCAAUGGAAUUAAUGAUUAUAAUCGUAAACAUUCAAACAUCGAUGAUGAUGAUGACUUGACCAUCAACGAUGAUUACGAGUAUUCUUCUUCCGAAUCUGAAGCAGAGGAUAUGCGGAUGCAAAUGAAUAGUCAAAAUGGAAUAUUUGCAACCAACAAAAGACCAAAGAAAUCAAUGAAAAAAGAUGAUGAUGAAAGUAUGGAUCUUUCUUAA